GUGCAGGACAUGAACAGGGAGGUGGUGAAGACCGACUGUGCCACCGCUCGAAUUCCAGAGCUGGACUUUGAGAUCCCAGCUUUCAGCCAGAAGGGAGGUGGGUUGGCAUCGGCUGCCCUGGCAUCACUCAAACGUGUUUUGCAGGCGACGGACAAAGAGGUGGCGAGUAAAAUAGACGAGUUCAUUGCCAAGCUAAAGCAGCUGAAAGAAUUGCAGUCCUCCUUCACCUUUAUCAUCGACGAUCCCUCGGGCAACAGCUUCGUGGAGAACCCUCAUGCGCCGCAGAAGGAUGAUGCUCUGGUGGUCACCCACUACAGGAGGACUCCCCAGCAGGCUGCCAUGCUGGGGCUGGAGGGAGAGGAGAUGGAGGAGAAGCCAGCAGACUCUGUGGAGGACCUGAGGAAUGAGGUGCUGCAGUUCAACACCAACUGCCCCGAGUGCAACGCGCCGGCCAGCACCAACAUGAAGCUGGUGCAAAUCCCACACUUCAAGGAAGUGAUUAUCAUGGCCACCAACUGCGACUCCUGCGGGCACAGGACCAAUGAAGUGAAGUCUGGAGGAGCCAUCGAACCCCAAGGCACCAGGAUAACUCUUCGGAUCACAGACCCCUCCGACAUGACACGGGAUGUCCUCAAGUCUGAGACCUGCAGCGUGGAGAUCCCGGAGCUGGAGUUCGAGCUGGGGAUGGGAGCGCUGGGGGGGAAGUUCACCACGCUGGAAGGGCUGCUGAAGGACAUCCUGGAGCUGGUUGAGCGGAACCCCUUCACCCUGGGUGACAGCUCCACGCCCAGCAAGGCAGAAAAGAUGCAGGAGUUCCUUGGGAAACUGCAAGAAAUCAUAGAGGGAAGGACCAAGGUGCACUUCAUCAUGGAUGACCCUGCGGGCAACAGCUACCUUCAG